UCCAAAGAUUUAUAGAUCAAAAUAUCGUAUUCAAAUAUUUUUUUGUGUGUUAAUUGAAAAUACGAGAAAAAUAAUAAAAUGGAAACGAACCAUAUUAACAACCGGGGAAAAAUGUUGCUCAAAUCCAACCAUCUGACUGACUGUAGUUUCUAUUUUCCGGAAAGUAAAGUCCAACUUAAAUCAAAUAAAACUUUGCUUGCCUUUGCAUCUCCAAUAAUGGAUGCAAUGUUCUUCGGCAAUUCUGCUUUUGUAGAAGCAGAGACGGCCAUCGUCGAAAUACAUGACAUCGAUGUGAAUGUCUUCGAAAAAUUCCUGCUUUGGAUUUAUGCUAAGGAAUUGGAUCUUGUGGACACGGACGAGGCAAUUGCUGUAUACCAGGCGGCAAACAAAUACGAAGUGAUCGAUUUAGAACUCAUUUGUGAACAGUAUAUCGUUGCAAAUGUGACUGUGGAAAGUCUUGGUUCGUCAUGGAAGUUUGCACAGCUGUAUAACAAAACUGAUUUGAAAGAGAAAGUGAUGAAGUUCAUUCGACGUUAUACAACUCAAUUUAUUGAUUCGCCACAAUUUCUAACGUCAGAUGCGACCAUGUUGCAAGCGAUUCUAGAACAAGAUGAAUUAUGGAUUGCCAACGAAAUGACGCUAAUAAAAGCGCUGGAACGAUUUGCUGAAACGAAUUCUGUUGAGAGAAAGGAUUUGGAUGCUGCUGUGAAAUGUAUCCGUUUCAAGACGAUUGACAAGGAAAAAAUCAUCAAAUUCAAAUCCGUUUUGCUAAGUGACGAAGAAAAGAUGGCUAUCGCGGCAAACAUAGAGUCAGACAACGCUUCCAUUGGUUACCCAGAUGGAUUUUCCAAAUCCACUAUACCUCGUUGUAUGGACUACGUUCGUCUAUCUGAAUGCGAAGAACGGCUUUUGAAAAGCGUCAAAGAACUACAUUACAGCGGAGAAGAAAUCGAUAAUUACAUCAAUUACGAUGAACGAAUUUCCGAGGGUACUAUUGGCCAGUUAGUAUUUACUGAUCUAGAGUGGUACACACACUUGAAAAUAAAUUCAGUUCUUCGGGAUCACCUUCCGAGACAAAUGGGCGAAGACAACGACAGCUACUUGACCAGAAUCUUUGAAGAUGACAAUCCUAGAAUUAUUGUGGCGUUAAUUUCUUGUUUGAAAUCCUUCUGUUUUCCGGAUUUUUUGGAGAUUGAAAACUUUGUCUAUUAAUUUUACCUAUAACUGGAGUGCUGAAAUUGAAAUAACCUAAACUUUGUAUGUCGUCACAAAUAACUAUUGUCUGCAGAAUGGGACAUUGAACUUUUGACAUUUUUUGUAUUUAGAUUAAGUAUG